AUGUACACGACCCAAUUCUUUUUUCAACCAUUCAACCAACCAACGGUUAAACCACCCAACAAACCAACCACCCAACCAAACUUCCCACCCAACCAACCAACCAAUCAACCAACCAACCAACCUCCCAACCAACCGACCAAUCAACCAUCCAUCCAUCCCAACCCACCUACCCAACCAACUACCCAACCAACCAAUCAACUAUCGAACCACCCACCCAGCCAACCAACCAAUCAACUAUUCAACCACCCAUCCAACCAAUCAACCAACCAACCAGCCAACCUCCCAACCAACCAACCAAUCAACCAUCCAUCCAUCCCAACCCACCUACCCAACCAACUACCCAACCAACCAAUCAACUAUCGAACCACCCACCCACCCAGCCCACCAACCACCCAACCAACCAAUCAAUCAACCAACCAACCACCCCAAAACACACACAAAAAAAACAAUCCUACAUUGUUUGCCUAA